ACUUGUAAAAAGUUGAUAAAAUUGGAAAUAUUAUCCAAGUAAUGCCGGGUAGCAGGACGAGUGAUCAAUGAACUCUGGCUCCGGUCUUCGUGUUUUGGGGCGUGCUCCUUCAGUGUUAAACUUGCACUCUACCUCAUGAACGAGUUUUUCUUCAUCCUAUGACUCGUUUUGUGUAUCGUUGAAUGUAUAACGAUUGAAGUGAAACUUGGCUUUUAUUUUAUCAUUUACUGCUUACAUUUUUCUUACAUGAUGACGUGCUAAAUUACUAAGAGGACAUACGAUGCGUAUAUCGACGUCAGAAAAUUGCUUAUGUAGUCGUGAGUGUGUUUCCCUCUUUUUUCAAAUGAAAACCUAACGAUAAGCAAGAGCUCAAUGAAUCUUCAUUGAACGAAAUCCACGGGAGGUGAAAACAAGGACGACGCAGAUGAGAUAUGAUGAAUGAUAUUGACAAUCUAGGCAUGAUUGGUUCCAAAAUGCCUCAUAGUCACUCAACUCCAGCGGGUGUUGACGGUGGCAGCCGUACACCACCAAUCACACCUAGAAAAGCUGGUAAAAUGCUUGCUGUUAAAGUUCAAAUGCUUGAUGACAAAAUUACCAUGUUUCAAGUCCAGGCAAAAGCUUUAGGUAGACUUUUAUUUGACCAAGUUUGCAAACAGUUGAAUCUCUUGGAAGCUGAUUACUUUGGAUUGGAAUAUCAAGAGCCAAAUGGAACUAAGUACUGGUUGGACUUGGAGAAACCAGUGUGUCGGCAAGUAGGAUUGUCUUUGGUAGACCCACUUCUAAGGUUCUGUGUAAAAUUUUACACACCGGAUCCCGGUCAGCUGGAAGAAGAAUUCACCCGAUACUUGUUUUGUUUACAAAUUAAGCGAGACUUAGCUCAUGGUCUAUUGCAAUGUAAUGACAAUACAGCGGCAUUAAUGGCUAGUUAUAUAGUACAAGCUGAAUGCGGUGAUUACGUCAUUGAAGAUUACCCAGAUCAUACGUAUCUGUCAACAUAUAAGUUUGUACCACAUCAGGAUCAUGAGCUUGAACGAAGGAUUAUGGAAAAUCAUAAAAGACAUGCGGGACAAUCACCAGCAGAAGCGGAUCUAAAUCUUUUAGAAACUGCACGACGUUGCGAAUUGUAUGGGAUGAAGAUGCAUCAAGCGAAGGAUCAUGAAGGCGUUCCACUAAAUUUAGCAGUGGCUCACAUGGGCAUUGUAGUUUUUCAAGGCUUUACAAAAAUUAAUACCUUCAGUUGGGCGAAAAUACGAAAAAUAAGCUUUAAGAGAAAACGAUUUUUAAUAAAACUACACCCUGAAGGCUAUGGUUAUUACAAAGACACUGUUGAAUUUUUCUUUGACGGUCGGAAUGAAUGCAAGAACUUUUGGAAAAAGUGCGUAGAAAAUCAUGGUUUUUUUCGAUGUUCUGUUGUCAAACGGGUUUUACGUCAGAAAACCAGAGUGCUCAGUCGUGGAUCUUCCUUUAGGUAUAGCGGAAAAACACAAAAACAAAUCGUCGAAUUCGUGCGUGAGAAUUACGUAAAACGUCAAACAUUUCAAAGGUCCAAUUCGUUCCGGCAGACUAGCGGUGGUAGGGCAUUGCAGGGCUCGGAGGGGGGAGGUUAUCGUGCCACCCCAAGCAGCUCGCUUAUGGGCAGUUCCAGCAUCUCUGCCCAUCCCCUCCUGCCCCUCGGCGACCCUGCACUGGGAACUCCAGCACUGUCUCUGUCAUGCGGUUCGAUGACACUGGAUUCUCCGACGACUGUGACGAGUGUCUCGAUGGGAGGGAUGAGUCACCGUCGAGACGACACAGCUACGUCUUAUCGGACGCUCACCUCUAUCGACGUACAUACCCCAGCUACUCCCAACCAAGUCCAGGGACGUACUAUGGGUGUCCAUCAGCAGCAACAGCAGCAGCAACUACAUCAGCAACAACGGAUAACAUCAUCAACAGAUGGUGUAGAGAAUUGUAAACAGGAGCCACCGGAGGAAAUAUCGAAAGGGGAAAAUAACAAUUUAUUAUACCUCAAUGGGAAGCCAGAUAAUCAAUCAAAUGGAGGACCAGAUAUGAGUGUGAAUGUAAAUGUUAAUGUGAUUAAUUCUGUGGAAUCGAGUCCAGAGAAAAGUUCUAAUGUGAUGAAGAAUGGUGGUGUUGAGGAUAUUGAUAUAAAAAAAACUAAGAGAUGGCCGACAGAUAAGGCUUAUUAUAUUGCCAAAGAGCUUCUGAUGACUGAAAGAACAUAUAAAAAAGAUUUAGACGUCAUUAAUGUGUGGUUUAGAGAGGAAGUAGCACGAGAAUCAGAUCUAGAAGGUGAAUCAGCGGUAGGAUUAAUUGAAUUACUAGCAGACGCACAUGGACCAUGUCUACAAGAAAUGGAAGCUCGACUUGCAAGAUGGGAAAAUAACGCACGACAUAAUAUUGGCGAUUUUCUGUACAACACUUUGCUUAAUGUGCUUCCACUUUACGAUCAAUAUCUCGAGCAUCUUAUGCCAGUACUUGAGAAGAUGGAGUAUUCAAUGCGAACAUCUCGUCGGUUCGAUCAACUGUGUAAAGAGUUUGAAGCUCAAAAAUAUUGCUAUUUACCACUUAGCUCAUUCCUCUUGAAACCAUUGCAACGAUUACUGCAUUAUAACAGUAUUAUCGAUCGACUAUUGGAUCAUUAUCCAAAAGAUCAUACAGAUUUUGAAGAUUGUCUAGCUGCUAGAGAUAGACUUGGUGAGACACUUCUCGAGGGUCUUACUGUUUUAAAUCAAGCGGAAAAUCUAGUUCAACUUUGUGAAUUACAAAGAGACAUCAGCGGGUUUGAAAACUUGGUCCAGGAAGGAAGAAGAUUCAUCAGACAGGGAUGUCUUCAAACUUAUAGCCAUAAAGGCUAUCAGCAAAGGAUGUUCUUUUUAUUUUCAGACAUUUUACUUUAUACAUUCCGAGUUCAGCAACCUACUCAAUGUUUCCGUGUUCAUGGUCAACUUCCAUUAAAGGGAAUGACGAUUAAAGAUGGUGACAAUAAAACUGGAACGGAUUUCGUAUUUGUUAUUAGUCAGGGUAGUCAAUCAUUAACUGUAGCAGCUAAUAAUGAGGAAGAGAAAGAACGAUGGCUUGAGGAUUUAAAUAUGGCCAUUACACAACUCGAUUCAGUUGAUGGAAAAACUCCAUAUCUGAGUUUAAAAUCAUCUAUUUUAGGAGUUGGCGAUGAAAUUGGCCUGGAACUCGAUAGAUCGAGUUGUGGUGGAGUAAAAGCAUCUCAAAGAAGUAAUUCAACCGUUCACGUAUGCUGGCAUCGUAAUACAAGCAUUAGUUAUAGCGAUCAAUUGCGUGCUUUUCAAAAUCAACUCAGUGGAUUUUUAUUGAGAAAGUUUAAUAAUAGCGAUAACUGGCAAAAACUUUGGGUAGUUUUUACCAAUUUUUGCCUCUUUUUUUAUAAAUCACAUCAAGAUGAUUUUUCACUUGCAUGUUUACCACUUCUUGGAUAUACAGUCUCAACUCCGUCCGAAAAAGAUAGAAUCAAUAAGGAAUUUGUAUUUAAAUUACAAUUUAAAAGACAUGAGUACUUUUUCCGAGCUGAAAGUGAAUAUACAUUUGGCAGAUGGAUGGAAGUGAUAAGAAGUGCAACACAACAAAGUCACAUUCCUGUCAAUUUUGCACAAAAAGAGAAUUAUUAAUUUUCAUUCAUUGAUUAGUAAAAAAAAAAUGUAUUCAUCAAUUGCAUUAUUUUUAUGUUAAUUUUUAUAUUUUAAUAGGAAAUUUACAUAAAUGCAAUUAUUUCAUUAUCGAUAAUUAAUUAUCACUAACAAGUAUAUUUCACUUUUUUAAAAAUCAAAAUUGCGGCCUUAAAUCAUUUUAACGUUUAAAAAUAUCGUUAAUAAGGUUAUAGAUAGAUUCUUAUAGUCUCAAUGAUUUGUUAUUAAUUAUGUUUCAGAACGAUUUUAGUUGAUUGUUUAAUGUAAAUAUUAUUGGCCUAAUAAUAAUUAUAUCAAAAGUUAGGUAUUGUUUAUGAUAAAUUGUAAAAAAUAUGAACUAUUUCAUAUUUUAUCAGGGGGUCAUUUUAUUUAUAAAAAAAUGUGUCUUUUGUAAGCGACAAUAAUUUUAUUGACAUUCAUAACUAACGAAUUCAAAAUUUACCUUUGAAGAAAAAUUUAUUCAUCAAUUUCAUAAGCUGUUAUAUCACUUUACAUUGUUUCUAACAUUUCAAUGAUUAAUUAACUGGGAUUAACAUAAGACUGGGAAGGUAUUGAAAGACUUCAUGAACAUUAAUAUCAAUCAUUUGAUUUUUUCUGACUAAAGAAAAAAAGAAAGAUCAAAAAUAAUUUGUGGUAGUAUUUAUCAAUCAAAUAAACUAUGUUUGAAAAUGUCAUAAAUAAAAAAAGGAUAUUGAUUAUAAUCGAUUGUUCCACUAAAAAUAAUCAUAUAGUAAUAGCUCAUAAUCAAAUACAGUCACUUAUUCGUAAACAGGCUGCUUAAAAAAUAUGUAUCGCUUAAGAACUAUAUACAUUUUUUAUUUUUAUUGUUAUUCUACAACUGUUUUUAAGGAAUUGUUUUUAUAUAAGCAUUAUUCAAUGAAUGAACUAAUGGACAAUUUUUAAAUAUUGACAAUUAUAUAAUUAGAAAGGAAUUGUAUAAUUUAGAUAAAUUGACUGUAACGGUUGUUAUUAUCUAUCGCAAAAGGAAUUUAAUAACGAUAGAAUAAUAAAAAUAAUUAGAUUCUUUUAAUAAUAAUAAAAUUUUUUGGUAGCAAU